AUGAUUUAUUCAGCUUCGAAAAGCUAUCAUGUUCCCGAUAUAGACCUGCUCUCAUUUCUCUUCGAUUCUCAACUUUGCGGAGCAAAAGAAGAUACUGUUCUCCACGUUGAAGCUUCCGACCCCUCUAACACCAUCACCAAAUCCCAAGCUCGUGACUUGACGAAAAAUGUAGCCUACAACCUUAGACACACCUUCGGCAUCGGCGCCAAUGGUCCUGGAAAGGAUGUAGUGGUUUGCAUAUCCUCUGGCAAAAUCCUCCUCCCGAUUGUGCUUUUUGGGGUUGUUGCAGCUGGUGGGGUGUACAGUUCUGCGAGUGCGACUUUCACGGCGGCAGAAUUGAGUAGACAGGUUAUACAGGGAAGCAGCAACCUCAUCUUUUGCAGUGAGGAUGCAAAGGAUGUUGCUAUUAAAUCUGCUAAGGAGUGUGGGGUUUCUUUGAAUAGGGUGUUGGUGAUAAGUUCUGGGAAGGGGAAAUGGGGGUUUCGAAGUGUUGAGGGGGAGCAGAACUGUCUUGGGGGGGAAGGAAUAUUGGAGUGGGAAAGGAUUACGGAUCGAAAAAAGCUGGACAACAGUUUAGUUUGCUUGCUCUAUUCUUCUGGCACUACUGGGGUUCCGAAAGGAGUUGAGCUUUCACACACGAAUAUCGUAGCUCAAUCCUUCAUUCCAACCAUGUUAUACAGAGAAGCGAUCACCGAGCGGAUAGCACAAGGAGAACCCCCCUUCGAAUUCAGGACUGUCGCACAUCUCCCCGCAGCACACAUAGCAGGAGUAAUGUGUUAUAUGAUCAACCCCUUCUUCUUCGGCGGCAGUGUAUACUGGAUGCCCCGUUUCGACUUCGCCCAAUUCCUAGAAUACAACAAGAAGUUCCGCAUCACAUUUUUGUUCACCGUUCCUCCUAUUUGGCUUCUGAUUGCGAAGAUACCAAAUGUCACGAAUCAGUUCGAUACGUUGGAGAUGGCGAUCAGCGGCGCUGCUCCGCUGGGGAAAGAGUUACAGCAUGCGGCGAGUAGUAAGUUGGGGAAGGGGAAGACGUUUAUUAGCCAGACUUGGGGGUUGAGUGAAACGACGGGGAGCUCGACGAUUAUGCCGUGGGGAGAGAGGGAUGAGACGGGGAGCGUGAGCCCGUUGCUACCGAAUAUGAGUUUGAGGCUUGUGGAUGAUGAUGGGAAGGAUGUAGGAGAGGGGAAGCCGGGUGAGGUGUGGAUGAAAGGCCCUGUGGUCACCACAGGAUAUUAUAAAAAUUUGCAGGCUACGAAGGACUCGUUUGUGGAUGGAUGGUUUUGCACGGGUGAUAUUGCGAUUUGGAAGAAUGGCUUGCCUUAUAUUGUGGAUCGGAAGAAGGAACUCAUUAAGUAUAAAGGCAUCCAGGUUGCACCAGCUGAGCUUGAAGGCCUCUUGCUCACUCAUCCAAAGAUUAUGGAUGCAGCAGUGAUUGGCGUGGAGAUACCUGGAACAGAAGCACCCAGAGCAUAUGUUGUGAAGAGCGGCGACAUCACGGAGCAGGAAAUCAAGGAUUUCGUGAAACAGCAUGCUUCGAGUCACAAGCAACUUAGAGGUGGUGUUGUGUUUCUGGACGUCAUUCCCAAGAGUCCAUCAGGAAAGAUAUUGAGAAAGGAUUUGAGAGAGUUGGCAAGGAGGGAUCCAAGAGCCAAGCUGUGA